AGUGGGAUAAGCCAAGGACCCCCAUCCCGGGCAGUCGGGCGCCGAGGCUGCGGAAUGGGGUCCAGCAACCUCCCGCGGCUCCUCCGCGCCCUCUGCAUCGUCUCGGUGCUGGCCGGGUGCCUGCACCCUGCCACAGCCCAGUGGUUUUCCCUGGGCUCAGAGGACACCACCCCGGAUUCAGUCACCAGCCCCACGCCCUCCAGCCUGGAUGGGGAGGAAGACGCAGACGCCAGCGUGGAGCCCGUGGGGAAGCUGCUGCUGAGCGAACCUCCUCUGGCAACAGCCCCUAGACGCCGGGACCAACUCUUCAGAGGGGCAGCGAAGGGGUCAGGCCAUGCCCUGCCACGCACACGAGGCCAGCACCGACCCACGGCCGCCCCGGAGAUCUAUGAGGGGAGCGCAGUGGAAGAGGAGUUCCUGCAGAUCCAGACGACGGCGAAGGGGCUGUCCCGGAGGGUCCCUUCGGCCCCGGAGACGGACCCCGCCCUCCAGGUGCACAACAUCUCCGGCUGUGUCUGCCCCGUGCGCCCCGGCCCUCCCGGCCCUCCCGGCCCAAAGGGAGAGAAAGGUGACCGAGGGUUCCCUGGAGAGAGAGGCCAGCCAGGAUUCUUAGGAGAGAGAGGGAAGUCCGGCAGCCCAGGACAGCCAGGUCACCAGGGUCCCCGGGGCCCUUCGGGUCCUCCGGGACCACCGGGGCCCCCGGGACCGCCGGGCUUGGGAGCUCGGGGCCCACCCGCGCCUGCUGCCCUCCCUGAGAGAUCCGAGAACGAGCUGGGAGUCUCCUGCCCUGUGGGAAACCCAGGACCCCCAGGUCACCCUGGGCUGCCCGGCAUGCCCGGACCCCCCGGCUACCCAGGCCACGAUGGCCCCCAGGGGGCCCCUGGACAGGAGGGAAAGCCAGGACCCCCAGGUCCCCCAGGAGCUGUGGGGCCACCUGGUUUCCCUGGGGCUGAAGGACUUCCAGGAUCUCCAGGCUCAGCUGGGCCAGACGGACCCCCAGGGUCACCCGGACUCCCAGGGCCUCAGGGUCCCCCCGGGGUGCCUGGGCAUGAAGGACCUCCUGGUACCCCAGGAUCUGCAUCACUCCCUGGAAAACCAGGGCUCCGAGGGGAGCCAGGAUUCCCAGGACCAAAGGGUGAGAAGGGCGAGUAUGGGCUGCCAGGCAUGCCAGGGAGCCCUGGCCGGACCGGAGAGCCGGGGUCCCCGGGCAUGCCCGGCCCCAUGGGGCCACCAGGACCACCAGGGGACUACAGGUGUGACUCACGCCACCGUGGAUUGGCCGGGCUGAUGGGCCCCAAGGGAGAGAAGGGUGACCCUGGAGACCCGGGGUGCUGCUAUGGGGAACAUGGGUGCAAACCUGGCAACCUCCCCUUCCCCAGCACUGGCAGCCAGCCCGGCUCCUGGGGGUCCAUCAACAGGUACCAGACGGAUAGCAGAGAGGAACCAGAGAUUUAUGGAGCAAUCAUCCCCCAUGGUCUUCCAGGUCCUCCCGGGAACCCCGGCCCCCCUGGGCCCCCUGGCCCCCCCGGCCCACCAGGUCUCCUCUACCUCAAUAGGGUGCACCCCAUGCAUGCCCAACCGGCCUGCAAGCAGCCGGCAUCUGCAGACCGCAGCUGGCCAUCAGAUGCUGGUGUCCCUCAGACAGAGCCGCCGGACUCCCACGCUGAUCUGCGGAGCCAGAAGUGGGUUUUCAAGUCCAAGGAGCUAAUGGUGAAGGCAAGCAGAGCUGUGCCCGAGGGGAGCCUGGUCUAUGUGCGGGAGGGGAGCAGCGCCUUCCUCCGGACCCCCACUGGCUGGAGCCGCCUCCUGCUGGAGGAUCCGAAGUCAUUCUUGGCUGGUGAUGACCCUUCUGCCUCCACCCCGCAGUACCAGGAGGCAAAGAGGGUGCAGCCAAGAGGUCCCAACAUUCUGUCACCCAUGCAGUCUCCAACAGACUCACUGAUCCAGAAGGAGGAGGAGCAAGGGCUGUCCCAGAUUCUGCCAACCACCAUCGCCCCACGGAUCCCAUCUCUCCGCCUGGCUGCCCUCAACGUGCCCCUCUCCGGUGACAUGAGUGGGAUCCGGGGCGCUGACCUGCAGUGCUACCGGCAGUCACAGGAGGCCGGGCUCUACGGCACCUUCCGGGCCUUCCUGUCAGCCCCCACCCAGCAGCUGGUGUCCAUCGUCAAGAGGACGGACAGGACCCUCCCCAUCAUCAACCUGAAGGGGCAGCUGCUGGCCAAGUCCUGGAGCUCCCUCUUUGGGGGUCAAUCUGGUGCUGCCCUGCAGGGUCCCAUCUACUCCUUCAAUGGGCGCAACAUCCUGAUGGAUCCCCUCUGGCCCCAACAGCUAGCCUGGCACGGCUCCACACCGCGGGGUGGCCAUGCCCACCGGUGGGAUUGCCAGGGCUGGCGCAGCUCUGGCACAGCCCAGGGCAUGGCCACUGCCCUGAGUGAAGGCCGGCUGCUGGCUGGGCACCGGCACAACUGCUCCAUGCCGCUGGCUGUGCUCUGCAUCGAGGUGGCUUUUCCUUACCGGCACAUGUGGUGACAAUGGUGACACACCCAACCACGUGCUCCAGGCAUUCCUCCAGUCCUGUGUGGCUGGGGAAUGUUCCUGGGAGCACCAUGGGCAGUGUUGGAGCUGUGCCAGAGCACUGAAGGGACACCAGGUCCACAUCCAGGCUGUGCCAUGCCCAGCCCCAGCUGUGCCAUCCCACAGAUCCCUGUGUCAUGGGGCAGUGCUAGGCUGUGCCUGCAGCAUUCUACCCCAACUGGAGCGAACAGGAUCACCGCUCAGAAAUAAAGAUACAAAAAU